GAAACCCCACCUAAGCUGCUUCUUGUUGCAUUGCUACCCCUCCACCUCAAAACCGCCCAAUAAUUCAUCCUCUCUCCCACUCAUCCGUCAUCCAUUCCAAUACCCCUGAACAUCUUGUUCCUUUGGAUCAGUUUUCCAUUCUUCAUUAUCAUCAAAUACUUCUACCACAACUACCUCAAUUGCGCCUAUACCUCUCUGCAAAAUGUCGGCCGGUGUCACUUUUACUCUCAGCAACGGCGUUAAGAUCCCCGCCGUCGGUUUCGGAACCUUCGCCAGCGAGGGUUCCAAAGGCGAGACCUACAACGCUGUCACAUGUGCUCUCAAGACCGGAUACAGACACUUGGAUUGCGCCUGGUUCUACCAGAACGAGGACGAGGUCGGUGAUGCUAUCCAAGACUUCCUCAAGGAGAACCCCUCGGUCAAGCGCGAGGAUAUCUUCAUCUGCACCAAGGUCUGGAACCACCUGCAUCGCUACGAGGAUGUCAUCUGGUCGCUUGAGAACUCCCUGAAGAAGCUCAAGGUCGACUACAUAGACCUUUUCCUGGUCCACUGGCCCAUUGCCGCGGAGAAGGAGACGCAGGAGAAGCCCAAGAUCGGCCCUGAUGGAAAGUACGUCAUCCUGGAAGACCUCACCAAGAACCCCGAGCCCACAUGGAGGGCAAUGGAGAAGCUCUACGAGGACGGCAAGGCCAAGGCCAUUGGUGUCUCGAACUGGACCAUCGAAGGGCUCGAGCAGCUGCUCAAGUUCGCCAAGGUCAAGCCUCACGUCAACCAGAUCGAGAUUCACCCCUUCCUGCCCAACGAGGAGCUCAUCCAGUACUGCUUCAAGCACGAUAUCCUGCCCGAGGCCUACUCGCCAUUGGGCUCCCAGAACCAGGUCCCCACCACUGGCGAGCGUGUCAGCGAGAACCCGACCCUGAACGAGAUCGCCAAGAAGGGCGGCAACACCCUGGCCCAGGUGCUGAUUGCCUGGGGUCUGCGCCGUGGCUACGUUGUGCUGCCCAAGAGCUCGAACCCGGCUCGUAUCGAGUCCAACUUCAAGAGCAUCCAGCUGUCGGAUGCCGACUAUGAGGCGGUCAACAAUGUCGCCAAGGGUCGUCAUUUCCGAUUUGUCAACAUGAAGGAUACUUUUGGUUACGAUGUGUGGCCCGAGGAGACGGCAAAGCAGAUGUCUGCUUAAUUGGUUCGCUUGAUGCGGGUCAUAAAAAAUCAUUUAAUGUUGGGACGAAUAUCAUGAUCGUUGACACGGUACAUAGCUACAUCUGAAACAAUCCAAUAAAGCUAGCUGGAUUAGCUGGUUCAUUCAUUUGGUCG